CAGUUUAAUAAAUUGGAAAGAUGAACGCCGAUAUUUCUCUCAUGUCUCGGAUAGUCUCCGACACUGAUGGGGAUACAAUGCAGACGUUGAAGUUUGGCGGUUGUCACCAGAAAGACACUGCAUUUAACAAGGUGCGGAGCUUCAGUGACACCCAGGCGGGAUCUUCGCCAGAGAGCAAGCACGUGAUAGAUGAGCUCGAGGUCAUCAAGUUCCACAUUGAAGUCCAAACUCGAACCAUUGAAUCCUUGAAUCAGACUGUGAGCCUCUUGGCGAAGGAACGAAGCCACCAUCAGCAGCAGAUCCGACUACUAGAGGCGGAGGUGAGGAGACUGAGCAUGUGUAGCAACAUCGAAGAGGACAGGAUUAACCUGAUGAUAGACAGAAAGAUUGAAGACUGGAAGAAGGAGCUGUGCUCAAACCCAACCAAUUCACAAGACCCGACCCAACAAGCAGAAAACAAGGUGCAAUCAAUGGAUACCAACAACCAUACCGAAGAACUUGCGACAGAAAUACACGAGAGCAAAAAAUUUCUAUGGGAAGAAUGCGAAUCAUUGCAUAAAGAAAUAGAGCAAAUUAACAGAAAGCUAACUAUUCAAGAGGAUGAUCUGUUAAGUAGUUUGACAGAUUGCAAAAUACUCAGGCAGAACCAAAAGAAAUAUAAUCAGAUUCUAGAAAGACUAAUACAAAGAUGCAGACAAAUACAGUCACUGGAUCCUGAACAGGAGCUAAAAGAUAUUAAGUUGGCAAUGGUCGACAUGCAGGAGCAGAUUCAGAACCUGUGCUAUUCCAGCAAAGGAAACACGACCGUAGCCAAGAUUAACAGAGGUAGAUGUAUUGAUAACACAAGGAAAGAGUUGAUGGUGAAACAAAUGUGCAAUACUUCAGAUUCUGAGACUGAUACAUGGUAAAAGAGUUCAAGAGUAAGCUUUUGACGGCUGCUGCCCAUAAUUCCAUCAUCUUCGACCAACUGCCCAAACAACAUCAUAGUCAACAUUAUACCAGCAGCCAGAUGCUCAAUAAAGUGAAAAUACACAAAC